CUUGCGACGCAGUCAGACGCAGUGUGUUCCCGCCUCUGUAGCAAAACGCGCGUGUUGAUAAAUACGCGAUUAACCAAAAACAUCUUACCUAAAAUAAAUAUAGUGAUGUUUAUUAUUAAUCUUUACUAAGGUGUAAUUUAAAAGCACAUAUUUUUAGUGUUUUAGUGGUUUGAAACAAAAGAAAAUUCGAAGUAUCUACAGAGUGACCAGGGCUAUCACGAAACCCGUCCUCAUCUGGGCCGAAAAAUAAAACGACGAAAGGAAACAAUUGAAGCACAACCCUGGCUCCGAAAAGAUGACAAUGGGAACUUGGGCUAUAACGACAACGGUCACAGUAUUAUCAUUGGUUAUCACAGGUGUAUCUCCUUUAGAAUGCUACAAAUGUCUCAUCAACCCGCCACUGGGAGAAAAUUACAAAACAGCGACUAAUUUAUGCACCAACUUCGACUAUUCCGAUUCGUUUGUAGUGGACUGUCCGUUUUCAACAAUGUGCAUGAAGCAAGAUUUUCAUCUCGACAUACAAAACGGAGUGAGAAUAGAAGGAGUACUGAGGGAUUGUGCACCACAGAAGCACGAAUAUCAAGACUUCAAAAACGGGAAAUGGUCGCCAAAGACGGAAGUAUUGGAGCCAUACAACGAGGGAUGCUUCAGUGGAGACGACAAGGGAGAAAGAGUAACGACUAGCAGAUAUUGUUACUGCCGGAGUAACCUGUGCAAUUCAACGCCGAGUACGAACCAUGAAGGUUACACUGACAUCAUGGGUGUCAUCCUAGUCUUCAAUCUAAUGAAGUACAUAAACAGUCUUAGGUAGUAAAUGGUGUUAGUAUGUAAAAAUAUUUAGUCAGUUCGUGGUGAAUAUGUGAUAUUAUAUUAAUUAGUAUGUAAGGUUGUAUGUUAAAAUAUUAUAGAAAAUUA